AUGUUUCGUUGGACUCUACAGCUUGCCUGCAGGAAUAAGAAACUAAAAGAUGUGGGUGGUAUACUGGCUGGAGAGGGAAGUACAAAACGAACAGAUGCAACUGAUGUUUUCGCGAGCGCAUCAUCUUCUGUAGAUUUAGAGAAUGCGGCGAUUGUCACGCAUACAGAGCGUGAUAACAACGGCAAGAUGUCUAUUACUAUUCGCAGUGGCGGUAGUCGCCGAGCACCAAAGAUUCCAACACAGACUGCUGAGCCGGUGAAGCGUAUAAUGUUUGUGCGCAGCGGUAAGAGUCUGGCAAAUGUGGAUAUAGGUACAUACGUGACAACGCCGGAUUGGCGUAUUCCAAUAGUGCAGGAGGGUGUAGAGGAGAGUUACCGUGCUGGACGGCGUGUAGCGGAGAUUGUGGGAAAUGAGCCUGUAUAUUAUUACUUCUCACCAUACCUGCGGUGCCGACAGAGUUUUAAGCAUCUCCUGCGCGGCUUUGAUGAUUAUAGGACAGAGAAUCAAAUGGAGGGAGAACAUAUUGUUGGGGUACGGGAGGAUGUACGACUUCGUGAUGGGGAUAUUGGUCGAUAUAAGACACGGGAGGAGGUCUUACAACACCUGCAGGAACGAGAGGUGUAUGGAAAGUUUUAUUAUCGUUUUCCACACGGUGAGAGUGGCGCGGAUGUCUGUGAUCGCGUUACGAGUUUUCUUGACGCCUUUCAACGAGAGCGUCUUGAUUUCCCAAUGGACACCAAUGUUGUCAUUGUUACUCAUGGUCAAACCAUACGUAUGUUUGUGAAGCGGUGGUUUCAUCUCACGGUGGAUACAUAUCAUUCAAUGGUAUCACCACCAACAGGGUCUAUAAGUACACUAACACGGAUGCAUCAUCGCAGUUGUUUCCGUUUAGAUAAUCAAUGCGUGGAAUUGAUGGAAUUACCGUUAUCAUUAAAUGAAUACAAUGGGUAUAAGUACCGCAACAAACAAUUGUUGGGGUCAAUGAGUACUGGAGCUCCUUUCAUGUAG